AAAAGACUACAACUCCCAGGAUGCCGUACGCGUCGGUCCACCUCCCACUACCAUUUGCUGCGCGCGCGUUGCACUAUGGGAUUUGUGGGUCCUCCCGCACUGCAGCGGGCUUACCACGCCUGAGUGAGAAAAGCAGCACAGACUCAAUCCGCAACGUGCAGCCGCGGGCAGCGCUGGGACUUGCAGUCCGUUUCCUUUUCCUCCUUUUGGGCACAUGACCCGCAAGCCCCUGCUGGCCGUCGCGUCAUGCGUGGCGCCGACGCAGAGCGAGAAAGAGGCUGGAACGCUGUGAAGCCAGAGCGGUCGGCUGAGCAGGGAGACAAACUUCAGUGGUGGUGAUGGCGCCCCUCGCGGCUUAGAGGUCCAGCGCACUCGGCGAGCUGCAGACAGUCCAUCCUUUGUGUCCGACGGAGAGUCCUGGUUACACUGAACAUGUUGGUGCCGCUAGCCAAGCUGUCCUGCCCGGCAUAUCAGUGCUUUCAUGCCUUAAAAAUUAAGAAAAAUUAUCUACCUCUAUGUGCUACAAGAUGGUCUUCAACUUCUGUUGUACCUCAAAUUACUACCCACUAUACUGUUUAUCCCCGGGAUAAGGACAAGCGAUGGGAAGGAGUGAACAUGGAGAGGUUUGCAGAAGAAGCGGAUGUAGUAAUAGUUGGUGCAGGCCCUGCAGGGCUCUCUGCAGCCGUUCGUCUAAAGCAGUUGGCUACUAAACACGAGAGAGACAUCCGUGUGUGUCUAGUGGAGAAAGCUGCUCAAAUAGGAGCUCACACUCUCUCUGGGGCUUGCCUUGAUCCGUGUGCGUUUGAAGAACUGUUCCCAGACUGGAAGGAGAAGGGAGCUCCACUGAACACUCCCGUAACAGAAGACAGAUUUGGAAUUUUAACAGAGAAAUACAGAAUUCCUGUGCCAAUUCUUCCAGGUCUUCCAAUGAAUAAUCAUGGCAAUUACAUUGUGCGCCUGGGACAUUUAGUCAGUUGGAUGGGAGAACACGCAGAAGCACUUGGUGUUGAAGUAUACCCUGGUUACGCUGCUGCUGAGGUCCUUUUUCAUGAAGACGGUAGUGUAAAAGGAAUUGCCACUAAUGAUGUAGGGAUACAAAAAGAUGGAGCACCAAAGACAACAUUUGAGAGAGGACUAGAACUACAUGCCAAAGUCACAGUUUUUGCAGAGGGUUGCCACGGACAUCUAGCCAAGCAACUGUAUAAGAAAUUUGAUUUGAGGGCCAAUUGUGAACCCCAAACCUAUGGAAUUGGACUGAAGGAGUUGUGGAUUAUUGAUGAAAAGAAGUGGAAACCUGGGAGAGUAGAUCACACUGUUGGUUGGCCCUUGGACAGACAUACUUAUGGAGGCUCUUUCCUGUAUCAUUUAAAUGAAGGUGAACCCCUGAUAGCUCUUGGUUUGGUGGUUGGUCUAGACUAUCAAAAUCCAUACCUGAGUCCAUUUAGAGAGUUCCAGAGGUGGAAACACCAUCCCAGCAUUCAGCCAACUUUGGAAGGUGGAAAAAGGAUUGCAUAUGGAGCCAGAGCUCUCAAUGAAGGUGGCUUUCAGUCUAUACCAAAACUCACCUUUCCUGGUGGUUUACUAAUUGGUUGUAGCCCUGGUUUCAUGAAUGUUCCCAAGAUCAAAGGUACCCACACAGCAAUGAAAAGUGGAAUUUUGGCAGCAGAAUCUAUUUUUGAUCAACUAACUAGUGAAAAUCUCCAAUCAAAGACAAUAGGACUCCAUGUAACCGAGUAUGAGGAGAAUUUGAAGAAAUCAUGGGUAUGGAAAGAACUAUAUACUGUUAGAAAUAUAAGACCGUCCUGCCAUGGAAUACUGGGUGUGUAUGGAGGGAUGAUUUACACUGGAAUAUUUUACUGGAUAUUUAGAGGAAUGGAGCCAUGGACUCUAAAACAUAAAGGUUCUGACUCUGAUCAGCUCAAGCCAGCCAAGGAUUGCACACCUAUUGAGUAUCCAAAACCCGACGGACAGAUCAGUUUUGACCUUUUGUCAUCUGUGGCUCUGAGUGGUACUAAUCAUGAACAUGAUCAGCCAGCACAUUUAACCUUAAAGGAUGACAGUAUACCUGUAAAUAGAAAUCUGUCAAUAUAUGAUGGGCCCGAGCAGCGAUUCUGCCCUGCAGGAGUUUAUGAAUUUGUACCUUUGGAACAAGGUGAUGGAUUUCGGUUACAGAUAAAUGCUCAGAACUGUGUGCAUUGUAAAACAUGUGAUAUUAAAGAUCCAAGUCAGAAUAUUAACUGGGUGGUACCCGAAGGUGGUGGAGGACCUGCUUACAAUGGAAUGUAAACUGCAACUGAUUUCACUGCAGGCACAUUUGAUAGCCAGUUUCUUUAAAAUGUAUGACAAGCUAACUUUAGAAUGUUCAGAAGUUAACAAGUGUCAAAAUAUCUUACAGCAUAUUAUUGAUCAGAAUGUUCAUAACAUCAUUAUCAGUGAAAUAAAAAUUUUAUACCUAAAAUUGCCCCAUAAAAAAUUAUGCAUGUUUCUCUUAAAACUUUAUAAGUGAUAUACUGUUUACCUCUUCAAGUCUUCAGAGAUUUAGUAUGAACAGCAAAAUGUGCUAUUGGCCUUUUAAUUGUACAUUGGACUCAUCAAAACUAAAUGUAUAAUCUAGACCAGAGGUUGGCAUCCAGCCUACCACUUAUUCUUAUGAAUAGAUUUACUGGAACACAGCCACGCCCACUGGUUUACACAUGGUCUGUGGCUACCUUUUAGCUACAUCUGCAGAACCAAGUAGUUAUGACAGAAUAUAGUGGUCCACAAAGCCCAACAUAUUUACUAUCGAGCCCUUUGGACAAAGUAUGCUGACUCCUGAACAUGCACCAACCAACCACAAAAAAAUACAUCAAAGAAUUGAGGGAAACGAUAUACAAACUUAAGCUUUCAUCUGUUUAUUCAACAGGAUGUGUCUUUAGGAGUUUAAGAAAAGGCUGGAUACCAUUCUUCUUUGUGAAUAAUGCAGAUAGUCAUUUAAAAAAAAAUCAGUUUCACUG